ACAGCAUCGGGAAGCUACUGUACUCUAUUUCGCGCGCGCACGUUCUGAGAUCGCAGACUGACGAUUUGGGCACCCAAACUUGCCCAAAUCUCCACCCUCAGCACACACCCGACAUCCACCCAACAAAUAGCUCCCCAAGACUCCGCAAGCUCCCUGUUGUCACUCAUUCCAAAAUACAGGCAGUCCAGGACUCUCCGUUUCCAUCGUAGUCCUCCGAGCUUGGUCAGUCCUCGAACGCACCGCCAUGAAGUUCGGAAAAUACUUGACGGAACGCCGUUCGAGCCUCUCACCGGACUGGUCCAAGCACUGCGUCGACUACGUUGUUCUGAAGACUUUCAUCAAAGAGAAAGUAAAGCCACGUAGUCUGAACACCCUCUCAACCGCCUCGUCUGGGCCUGCCCCCAUAACAGACUUUGCAGGCCUGUUCGAGACCAGGGCAGCGCAAUUGCAACCCAUUGUAGCGCAGUUCCUUCGUCUGUUGGACAAGGAGGUGAACAAGUUCGCCGAUUUCUACGAAAGCGAGGCAAAGGCGCUUACAGGGCAGUUCGAAGGAACAGCAAAGUCAAAUGGCGCUGCAUUGGAUGUACUGCGCCAGAAGGCGGACAUGGCUCGGUUGAGUCAGCAGCUGCAGGAUGUCGUCAGGCUUGAGAAAUUUGUCUUCCUCAACUACACUGGGAUAACAAAGAUCCUGAAGAAGAACGACAGACAUUCUGGGUUCCAUCUGGCCGAGCAAUACAUCAGAUCGAUGUCCACAAAAUCGUUUUACCGAUCAGAGACUUUGUCGAAACUGAAACAGCAGCUGAUUGACCAGUUGAGCGGCGUAGCGGCCGGUGGAACGCACACUUCAUCGCCGCCCGCCAGCCCUGUUCUUACACGCCAAGGGUUGUCGAUUCCAGGACCCAAGCCUACAGCAACACAAAAGGACGGCUACUUCCCACCAUCCUCAUUACUGCCUCAACAGAAGCUGCUGGUGACGAUGGCCGGACCGCAUGGAACGGACAUCAUAGACGCGGUGCUGGAGAACCUGGCCACGAACAACUGCGAGAUGGAAGACUUUGUGCUUUCUCGAUUAUACCAUAACGUCACAUUCGGCUGUUUGAUCCGUUUGCGGUCGGAGAGCGUAAACCUCUUCAAGGAUCUUGCAGAGUCCGCACGCAAAUGGGACGCAACCCUUUUCUUUGACGUCCAAGACGCAAACAAAGGCGACCCAGUCGAAAGCUCACUCGAAGACGCCCCCUACAAAGACCGCAUCAAGUACACCGCCACCGUUCUCAACCAAAACGGGCUCUCCUGCACAUUCCUGCAUGCAUGGACGCGUCUCCUUCUCGACGAGCGCAUCUCCGUCGAAAAAAUGACCCGCUUAUCCGCCGCCCGCUCGCAACUCUGCUCCGUCGAGUACCGCCUCAGCGUGCCUCCCGAAGUCGAUUUCGACCGCUUCCGUGGCCAACUGUUCCAACUGAGUAUGGAACACGGCACCGACGUCGCUAUCCAGCUCAACGACGUGUACAGAAGCCACAAACGUCUCGUCAUCUUUGACAUGGACUCUACACUCAUCCAGCAGGAAGUCAUCGACGAGAUCGCCAAACACGCCGGUGUGGUCGAGGAAGUCGCGAAGAUCACCGAGCAGGCGAUGAACGGCGAGAUCGAUUUCAAGGAAUCCCUGCGUCGUCGCGUGCGGUUGUUGAAGGGGACGCCCGUCUCAGCUCUGCAGACUGUUAAGGCGCAGUUGACGUUCACUGAGGGUGCGCAUUUCCUGUGUAAAGCUUUGAAGAAACUGGGAUUCAAGCUUGCGGUCAUUUCGGGAGGGUUCAUGCCGUUGGCGCUGCAUGUGAAGAAUCAGUUGGGCUUGGAUUAUGCUUUUGCGAAUCAGCUGAAAGUCUCACCAGACGGCCAGACACUGACCGGCGAAACCCACGGCCCCAUCGUCGACGGGAUGCGGAAAGCCGAGCUGUUGGAUGUCAUCGCCCAAGCAGAGUCUAUUGGACCUGAGCAGGUCAUCGCAGUAGGUGACGGAGCAAACGACCUCUGGAUGCUCGCCGCCGCUGGGCUGGGGAUCGCGUUCAACGCUAAACCGAAAGUGCAAAAGGAGGCGCGAGCGCGAAUCAACCAAACCAGUUUGCGGAACGUGUUGUACCUGCUGGGUUAUACGGAUGAUGAUGCGAGGCAGUUGGCGGAGUUGUGAGAGCUUGUAUGCAUGUUCCGUUUGCGACAGUCGCCGCCGGAGCCCGCCGGCACAGAACUCCCUUCUCGAUGAGGCUGGGUCGGCGUAUCCUUCGAACUUUGUGGCUGAGACGAUGCCUGAGGAUGCACUGCUGAUACGGUUUAGGCCCUCUCCCGAUCUUGGUGGACGCAGGACAUCCGAACUAUCAAGUCAUCACGGGCGUCGUGCAAACAAUCAGGAU